UCGAGCGGGUCAGUAUGAUGGUGAUCCUGCUGAACUGUGUGACGCUGGGAAUGUACCAGCCCUGCGAGAACAUCGACUGCUCCUCCGAUCGCUGCCAGAUCCUGCAGGCCUUUGACGCCUUCAUCUACAUCUUCUUUGCGCUGGAGAUGGUGGUGAAGAUGGUGGCUCUGGGGAUCUUCGGCCGGCGCUGUUAUAUGGGCGACACCUGGAACAGACUGGACUUCUUCAUCGUGAUGGCCGGGGUGGUGGAGUAUUCUCUGGACCUGCAGAACAUCAACCUGACGGCCAUCCGGACGGUGAGAGUCCUGCGGCCGCUCAAAGCCAUCAACAGAGUCCCCAGCAUGAGGAUCCUGGUGAAUCUGCUGUUGGACACACUGCCGAUGUUGGGGAAUGUGCUGCUGCUCUGCUUCUUCGUCUUCUUCAUCUUCGGCAUCAUCGGCGUGCAGCUGUGGGCGGGGCUUCUGCGCAACCGCUGCUACCCGGAGGAGAACUUCACCCUCUUAACAGGUGUGGCACUUCCUGCUCCGUACUACUCUCCCAAUGAGGACGACGAGAGGCCCUUCAUCUGCUCUCUGCCGCAGGAUAACGGGAUCAUGUCGUGCGGUGACGUGCCGGCGCGGCGUGUGGCGGGACAUCAGUGCUGUCUGGACGUGGAUGAUCUCCUACACCAUCAGGCUCUGGGCCUCGUGACCGAGCCCUUCCUCAACGCCAGCGCCUUCGUACCCGGGCUCUGCGUGAACUGGAACCGGUACUACACCCGCUGCCACACUGGACACAGAAACCCGCACAAAGGAGCCAUCAACUUUGACAACAUCGGAUACGCCUGGAUCGUUAUUUUUCAGGUUAUUACUCUGGAGGGCUGGGUGGAAAUCAUGUAUUACGUCAUGGAUGCUCACUCAUUCUACAACUUCAUCUAUUUUAUUCUGCUGAUUAUAGUGGGCUCUUUCUUCAUGAUAAACCUGUGUUUGGUCGUCAUAGCGACUCAGUUUUCGGAGACCAAACAGCGCGAGCAUCAGCUGAUGCAGGAGCAGCGAGCCGCCUGUCUGUCCUCCAGCACACUGGCCUCGCUGUCCGAACCCGGCGACUGCUACGAGGAGAUCUUCCAGCUCGUCUGCCACGUCCUCCGCAAAGCGCGCCGACGCACCGCUGCGUUCUUCAGAACGCUCUGCUGCAAACCACCGGAGCAGACGCACGAGAAAACAAACGCCAACGGAGGAGAAAAGAGCCUCCAACAACAUGAUGGAGCCACACCUGCCGCAUCAGCAGCCAAUCAGGAGACAGAGGAGGACACAGCAGAAGAGACAGACAGGUGUCAGAGAGAGAAGGGGGCGUGUCGGGAGCGGAGCCGAGAGCUGUGGAUGGAGAUGAGGGUCAAACUGUGGGGCAUCGUGGAGAGUAAAUACUUCAACAGAGGAAUCAUGGUGGCCAUCCUCAUCAACACCAUCAGCAUGGGCAUAGAGCACCAUGAGCAGCCAGAUGAGCUCACUAAUGUUCUGGAGAUCUGUAACAUCGUCUUCACCAGCAUGUUUGCUAUGGAGAUGAUCCUCAAGAUCACAGCGUUCGGCUGCUUUAAUUACCUGCGCAAUCCGUAUAACAUCUUUGAUGGAAUCAUCGUUAUCAUCAGUGUGUGUGAGAUUGUCGGUCAGUCUGACGGCGGCCUGUCGGUGCUCCGGACGUUCCGGUUGCUGCGGGUUUUGAAGCUGGUUCGGUUCAUGCCGGCGCUGCGCAGACAGCUGGUGGUUCUCAUGAAGACUAUGGACAAUGUGGCCACAUUCUGCAUGCUGCUGAUGCUCUUCAUCUUCAUCUUCAGUAUUCUGGGGAUGCAUAUUUUCGGCUGUAAGUUCAGUCUGAAGACCGACGCUGGAGACACAGUCCCAGACAGGAAGAACUUUGACUCUCUGCUGUGGGCGAUCGUCACUGUUUUUCAGAUCCUGACCCAGGAGGACUGGAACGUAGUCCUGUAUAACGGCAUGGCCUCCACGUCUCCUCUGGCCGCUCUGUAUUUUGUGGCUCUGAUGACGUUCGGGAACUACGUGCUGUUCAACCUGCUGGUGGCCAUUCUGGUGGAGGGCUUUCAGGCUGAGGGUGAUGCCAGCCGCUCGUACUCUGAUGAUGAUGAGGGAUCUUCUUCUAAUGGAAGCCAACAGCACAAAGACUCACUCACGGUCUCCGAUCCGAAGCUGCCCUCUCUCACUCCUAAUGGGCAUCUGGAGCUGGAGCCGCUGGCCGAGGAGAAGACCAGGACCAGCUUCUCUGAGGAAAACCACCGGAGGAGGACAAUCUGCCUGGGCAGGAGAUCCUCAUCUCUACGCCACAGCCGCAGUUCCAAUUACCACCACUGGGGGCGUCCUCCCGCUCAGCCGUCCUGGAGCCGCCGGUGUAGCUGGAACAGUGCGGGCCGUUCUGCCAGUGGCCUGAGGGCUGGAGGGGGCAUCGGGGGCAGUUUACGGGUCCGCAGUGUUCACUCGCACCCCGCAGAACAUGAGUCUCUCCUGCCCCACCCACCCUUCCUGUCGCGCAGAGACCGCCGCGCUGUCUCACUGGAGCUGCCUGAGAUCCUGCAGCGCCCCGCUCUGGUCAGGAAGAAGAGUGUGUCUGCAGAACACCAGGACUGUAAUGGGAAGGGCCCGGGCCCUCAGGGGCCGCUGCUGGGAGAGGUUUAUCCCCAGCUCAACGCACGCAAAGACAAGAAAAACCUGGAGGAAGACACAGAAUAUAGCCUGUGUUUCCGUAUCCAGAAGAUGAUGGAGGUUUAUCGUCCAGACUGGUGUGAGAAGAGAGAGGAUUGGUCCAUUUACUUAUUUUCCCCCCAGAACAAGUUUCGUCUGAUGUGUCAGACUAUCAUCGCUCAUAAGCUCUUUGACUACGUGGUUCUUGCCUUCAUCUUCCUCAACUGCAUCACAGUGGCUCUGGAGAGACCCAGAAUCCAUCAGGGCAGUCUGGAGCGAGUCUUCCUCACCAUCUCCAACUAUGUUUUCACUGCCAUCUUUGUGGCCGAGAUGACUGUCAAGGUGGUGUCUAAGGGUCUGUAUCUGGGCGAUCGAGCGUAUCUGCGCAGCAGCUGGAACGUUCUGGACGGGUUUCUCGUCUUCGUGUCUCUGAUUGACAUCGUGGUGUCGAUGGCGGGUGGAGCCAAGAUCUUGGGCGUGCUGCGGGUGCUCCGCCUACUGAGGACGUUACGCCCACUCAGGGUGAUCAGUCGAGCUCCGGGUCUGAAGCUGGUGGUGGAGACUCUGAUCACGUCACUGAAGCCCAUCGGGAACAUCGUCCUCAUCUGCUGCGCUUUCUUCAUCAUCUUCGGCAUCCUGGGAGUUCAGCUCUUCAAAGGGAAGUUCUAUUACUGUGUGGGUUUGGAUGUGAAAAACGUCACCAAUAAAUCCGACUGUCUGUCUGCCAAUUACCGCUGGGUUCAUCACAAGUACAACUUUGACAAUCUGGGGCAGGCUCUGAUGUCACUGUUUGUGUUGGCGUCUAAAGAUGGAUGGGUAAAUAUCAUGUACCACGGGCUGGAUGCUGUCGGGAUCGACCAGCAGCCCGUCAUCAAUCACAACCCCUGGAUGCUGCUCUACUUCAUCUCCUUCCUGCUGAUCGUCAGUUUCUUCGUGUUGAACAUGUUUGUCGGCGUGGUGGUGGAGAACUUCCACAAGUGCCGUCAGCAUCAGGAGGUGGAGGAGGCGCGGCGGCGGGAGGAGAAGCGGCUGAAGCGCUUGGAGAAGAGGAGACGCAAGGCCCAGCGGCUGCCGUAUUACGCCUCGUACGGCCGCGUUCGCCUGAUGAUUCACUCGUUCUGCACCAGUCACUAUCUGGACCUCUUCAUCACCCUCAUCAUCUGCAUCAAUGUGAUCACCAUGAGCCUGGAGCACUACAGCCAACCACAGUCGUUGGAGACGGCGCUGAAAUACUGCAACUACUUCUUCAGCUCCACGUUUGUGGUGGAGGCCACGCUGAAGCUGGUCGCGUUCGGCUUCAGACGCUUCUUUAAAGACAGAUGGAACCAGUUGGAUCUGGCGAUCGUCCUGUUGUCUGUGAUGGGAAUCACUCUGGAGGAGAUCGAGAUAAACGCUUCACUUCCCAUCAAUCCCACCAUCAUCCGCAUCAUGAGGGUCCUGCGUAUCGCCCGCGUUCUGAAAUUGCUAAAGAUGGCCACAGGAAUGAGAGCGCUGCUCGAUACCGUGGUGCAGGCUUUACCACAGGUGGGGAAUCUGGGUUUGCUCUUCGUUCUGCUGUUCUUCAUUUACGCGGCGCUCGGAGUCGAGCUGUUUGGAGAACUGGUGUGUAACGUUGAAUACCCGUGUGAAGGGAUGAGCCGACACGCCACGUUUGAAAACUUCGGCAUGGCGUUCCUCACCCUCUUCCAGGUUUCUACAGGAGACAACUGGAACGGCAUCAUGAAGGACACGCUGCGCGAGUGUCCGCCGGGCGACAGCUACUCGUGUAACUCCAGCCUGCAGAUCAUCUCGCCCAUGUACUUCGUGAGCUUCGUGCUGACGGCUCAGUUCGUCCUGAUUAACGUGGUGGUGGCCGUGCUGAUGAAACACCUGGACGACUCCAAUAAGGAAGCGCAGGAGGACGCGGAGAUGGACGCGGAGAUCGAGAUGGAGCUGGCGCAGGGCGGGCUGUGCUGCCUGGGCCGUCUGGACCGCCUCGCCGGGGCCGAUGGGAGCGAGAGGGCCGCGGGGAGCUGCGGGAACAGACACGCGGCCACGGCUGCGGUUCACACGAGCCAGAGCGGACACACGCCGCGCAGAACCGCGCCGGACACACUCCAGCAGAGGAGACUCUACUCCCCGGCACAGGAGAACCAGUGGCUGGAGAGCGUCUCUCUGCUGAUGAAGGACUCUCUGGAUGGAGAAAUGCAGAUGAUUGACAAUCUGUCAGGAUCAGUGUACCAUCAUUACUGCUCUCCACCAAUCAGACGAGACGGCAGGAGCCAAUCAGGAGAGAUCCGGCUGGCAGAGGUCGAGCAAACGUCUCUGAUGUCGGAGCAGCUGUCAGAUAAAUCCUCAUCACCGGCGCUGCCUGAUGACAUCAGCCUGGAUGACCGCAGCGUGUACCAGCUGCUGGACAGAGACUGUAAGGAGGAGCAGGGCAGCGGUGACCUGAGCACAGAAGAGGUCGUGAGCAGAAGCGUUCUCCUUCAGAGCGAGGCAUCCAGCCCAGGAAGAGACAGACAGGAAGUGCGGCGUGAGACGGGUCAUCGGCUCCAGUCUCCAGCUCAUGCCGGAGAUGUUAGUGGAGGAGACAGCCAGACAUCUUCACCUCUCUUUCAUCUCCCAGCGGAGUUCUUCCACCCCACCACCGCUGCGAUCCCCCAGGGCAGCCCAGCCACCGGAGCGGCCCAGCCGGGCUCCAGACAUGCAUCUCCAGCCUCGUGGGCUUCUCUUAGGUCCCCAGGGGCCAACAGCAGGGUCAUGUGCUCACAGACAUCCCACAGUAACUCCUCUCUGGCCACGGGCAGUUCCGUGGGCAGCCUGCAGACCACGCUGGAGGAGGGCGUCUCCCCGCCAGGAGAUCCGACGCUGCCUUUAAUCUGCAGAACCCACAUUCCCCCUCCAGAACUCACACAGAGACCUCAUACUUCACAGACUGCGCUCAACCUCCAGGCCACCAGGGGGCAGCAGAGGAGUCAGGGCAAAUACAGUGACUGCACAAGCCCUAACUGGAUCCGACAGGACUCCGCAGAACCCUCCGACGAGGACAUGGGAGUUAGUCCUGGAGGACUCGGUCAGGCCGGUAAUCCUGAACAGUUGUCGGAUAACCUGAGUAGCUUCUCUCUGACCUCUCUGCACCCGCCCGACUCGCUGGCGCCGCCGCUGGCCAAGAAGUGCAACAGCACUGGGAGCUUAGUACAGGGGAGCCUAGCCGUCCAGAAUAAAGAUGGGAGGUGCUUUUACGGAUUCAACCCCUGGACUGAAGCGACAAAUGAGGAAACGGAGAGGGAGGCGUCACCCGUUGGUGCCAAGACGUGCAGCCAGACUGUGGGUUCCAGCUGCCGUAAGAACAGAUGAAAUGCAUGCUUCGGUCCAGGUAUGGGACGAUGUUUGAUCUGUUCUCUGAACUCGUCUCCACAUUUCUCUCGAGUGACACAUCUGUUUCCUGCCGUGCUAUUCGAAACUCACAGCCGCGGCAGCACAGUGUCGUUUCUUCUUCAGGGCAUUACACUGGACGCCUCAGAGGAGAUGCAGCAGACAUGGAGUAGCGUUCUACAACAUGAACUGAGGAACUCAUAGGCAAAAACAGACUUAACUACCCCACCAGCCUGAGUGUGUAGCGAUCUUUAGGUCACACUGGGCGUGUAGCAUGUGACGCAUUCAAAUGCAGAAAGUUGUGUCAUGUCGAAAUUACUGCCAUUAUUCUGUACUGUGGUUACGAAAAUCAUUUUCUUCUUCAGCAUUUUUGUCCUGCGUUCCAGUAACAGUGAGACACUGUGUAGGAUUGAGACUUGUUUUCAGAGAAAUUUGUUGGCAACUUAGCAUUAAGUUGACUAAAUUUAGUUUGUAUUGACUUUUUAUCCAAGACGUAUUCUCUGGAUGAGGUUUAGAUACUGGGAAACAAACAAAAAUACUGAACAAGACAAGAGGUGCGUCUGAAAUCUCAUACUAUGUACUGCAUUUGAUGGGAAAUUAACUUUGAGACCAUUAAAAAUGAAGUAUGAAUCAAAGAAAUCCGGAUGAAAUACCUGCCAUGUUGUCAUUAGCUAUGUUUCCGUCCAAUGUCGCAAAAUUGUAAUAUCGCAUAAAACAUUUGCGAAUAAAGCAGCGUUUCCAUCCCAUGUGUUCAAGAGAACAAAAUCGCCACUUCCUGGAAAUUGGCGCAAAAUAUCUGCAAUAAAAAUGUAAGUUGCUGCAAUUGGGCUCUUUUCUCCUCCAUCAUAAAUGAGUUUGUCUCAGAGCGUCAGACGAAACACAAUAAACGCUGUCAUGUGAUCUUGCGUUCGGAUGCUGGUGUUUGAGAACCAAAUCAUGUGAGACGCUUCUGGAGGAAUUAAACCAAAUCAUUCUGAUGACAGACUUUGACUCGGUGUUUCAGAAGAGACUGUCCUCCUCCAAAAAAUGACCCUAUGGGUCAUUUUUUUCAAGCAUCUUUUUACGACCUAUAUUUACGUUUUAAAGUCAUGCGCCCUCUAGCUGGCGUAAAAAUAAUGACAGUGUCGUGUUACGUCUGUC